AUGGAACGAGAAGGAGUCAUGGAUAGGGGAAAGACAGAGGAGAAUUCCUUUGAAAAAAUUAAGGGCAUUAAUAAUGAAGAUUUCAAAUUCGAUGAUCCUUUCACCGAGAAAAUUACAAAUGACAGUAAGUUAUUUGACGAGGCAGAGUACUCCUCAUCACAUGUAGGCAAGGAGGAGGAAGCGUAUAUACGGAAAAGGCAAAUCGGAAAAAAAAUUAAAAAAGUAAACAAUACCAGCAAAAUUAUGGAAGUGAGAUUCUAUAUAUUUCUGGUUCUUUUAAUUUGUUUCUAUUCCCUUUUAGUGAACAUUAUUCGGAAGGGAUUGGGCCUUGUUUCCGUAGCACAUCGGUUAAUGCAUUCACAUUCCGGAAAUAUUUCAAUGUAG